AUGGAUAUUCAUCAUAAGGACCCAUUGAAGGACUUCUGUUGCAUACACGGACAUCAAACUACGAUAGUCGACCGCCGGCUCUACAUAGACGGAGGUCUGAUCAAUUGGUCGCCUCUCUCAGCAGAAUCGAUCAACUAUACAAGUGCAUGGCUGAGAUACGGUGACCUCGAUGUAGAUAAUGAAGGCCUCCCUCAGCAGUACCUCCUAACAAAGAACGAGCCAGUCUCUUCUGUCCAAGGUGGCAUACUCUGGCCGGAUACCUCGAAUAAGGUUGUGUAUCUGUACGGCGGCGAGUAUGGCAAUGAUAAGCCUGAAGACUUUAUCUUGUGGUAUUAUGAUAUCAUUUACGAUACCUGGAAUAGGUCCGAUGUGAGAAACGACAGAUAUACGGCGAGCUUCUUGGGGUAUGUCUCUUUUCUACAUGUGUAUUGCCGAGUGCUGAUGACAGAAGGCGCUGGUGUCACAGUGCAGGACAAAGCGAGAAGCUAUUAUUAUGGAGGUUGGUUGACUAACUCUUCUGUCCCUGGAUACCAACCUCGCACGGCUCUGAGAAACAUGCUGGUCUAUGACAUGCUCGCGAAUUCAUUCAAGAACCAAUCUGGGCCUGACAUAAUUCCACGCGCUGAAGGUGUAAUGAUAUAUCUACCUGCCGGGGAUAGUGGGUUGUUGGUAUAUUUUGGGGGUAUUCAGUUCCCCUACAGCAACGGAACAGCAGAAGCGGAUAUCCUUGUGUACGAUAUUGGAAAUGAUCUCUGGUACAAGCAGAAGGCGAGUGGAGUAAGAGUGCCUGAGAAUCGGCGAAGAUUUUGUGCAGGAGCCGCAUGGGCGGAUGACCGAUCAUCUUACAAUAUAUCUGUGGACUUAUCCUAUCUUUACGGCGGUGUAUCAGUCGGUGAUGGGGUUGGUUUCGGAGACGUAUGGAUAUUGAGCCUCCCGUCCUUCACAGAAGAAGACGGUGUCGGCGCAACCUUUCCCCACCAUUCACUCACAUGCGACGUUAUCGAGAACUCGCAAAUGAUCAUCAUGGGUGGCUCAUUUCCCAAUAUGUCUGCCGAAUGCGACGUCCCGGAUGUUUACGGACAACAUGGUCUGGAUCUAGGCAAGGCGAAUGCUGAUGGAGCGAAAUGGGCGUUGUUCAAUCCGAAUGUGACGCGCCCAGACAAUAGGGGCGGUGCCACAGGCGGUGCAACUGUGCUCGCUCCGAAAAGUGGAUGGGAGGAGAGGGACUUACAGGUACAGUUUCAGCGAGCUUACACGCCGACGAGCAGGACACCCACAAGAUACAUCCCCACAUCAGUGGAGACUUCAACAUCAACUUUAUCUCCAAUUACACCAGGAGGCUCAAGAAAGAACGUUGUUAUUGCUGGAGCUGUAGGUGGAGGCGUGGGAGGCUUGUUGCUGGUGAUCGCCACAGUCGGCAUCUGCUUUUGCUUCCGUCGCCGGAAGAGAAUCAAGGAAGGCGAGAGGCACAGUCACUCGGGGCCCCCAUCGCAAUCGAUGGCCCAAAUUACUUCUCCAACACCGGCACAGCAGUGCUCAUUCCCCUCCCCCGGACUCGCACAGCAUACCAAUACGCCCCAAAACUCACCGUCGCCGCCCUCGUACCGCCCGUGGUCUGACUACGCACCAAGCUGUCCGACCCUAUCAGCAGUUGCCGCGCCACAGGAGGUGUUUACCGUACCGUCUCCACCAUUGCAGGAGAUGCCUAAUGUGAGAUCGCCGAUAAGCUUCGGUACUCAGCAACAAUCAGGAGAACCUUGUACUAUAGGCAUCGAUCCGUAUUUCGCACAGCAUCCACCUAAGGCAGCUGAGACAGAUGGAUCGUCAAGAUUAGCUGAAGCUGUAAGCAGUUGA